CCCCCAUGAUUCAUUCUCAGUCUCAGUCUCUCUCUCUCGUGCACAAACGCACCCCUGGCAUUAAUUUCCUGCAUUGCAUCUAGUUAUUAUUAUGAUGAUUACAUUGAUAUCCCACUUUUUCCUCCGAGGAUCUCAGAGCAGUGUACAUGGUUGUGUUUAUCCUCACAACCACCCUGUGAGGGGGUAAAAGAUGGACCGGGAGAACCUGGUACGGCUGCGUCGCAUGAAUCAGGCCCUCCUUCAGCGGCUCAGGUUGAAUCAGGAGGAGCUCAAGAGAAGGACCCCCAUCAAAUCAGCCCCACUGUCACUGUCGAAGCAAGCAGUUGCCAAGAACGGGGAGAACCAAGGCCAGUUGGCAACCAGUAAGGCGACAACGCGGCCUGCGGAGGCUGUGGGGCCUUGGGUGGCUAGAUCGGGUCUCGGAUGCACCCCGAAGCCCACCAUGAUCCGAGACGAGCCGGAGAGAGAAACAAGCCUGCAGAGGCAUCCGAGCUCUGAUUCCCCUGCUGCUGAGGUGCCCUCUGCUGCAGAAGCCAGGGUCGCCGAGGAAUCGUUCAAACCAGGGGGCGAUGGCAGCUUCCCAAGAGGCCUGCAGAAGGCAUCCGCCCCUGUGAGUCAUAAAGAGGCGAAAAAACAUCUCACUUAUCUGCAUGGCGUCUCGGAAAAGAAUCGGCCGCGGUUUGGAGCGGAGCUGGGCCAGGAGCAAGCCAAAGGGAGUAGCCGGCCGAGGACGUCGUCUGCCCGGGUGCUGCAGACGCCGAAAUCCAUCCUCCUCACACCCCAGGCUAAAGAAACCAAAGAAAAAACGAAGAAGGAGGCCGGGCGGGUGACGUUUAUGUCCAAUCCAGAGGAAUAUACCAUCCCUGCCGAUGACUGGUCGGCUCGCCCUUUCCUGGGAUAUGAUUGGAUCGCAGGGCUGCUGGACACAGAUUCCUCAGUGUCUGAGAAACCAGACCAGUACUUUUCAGAGCUACAAGACUUCCGCCGGGUGAACAGAGACGCUUGCAUUUAUGACCGGCGUGCACGAUCAGAGGCAUCGGGUUCCUCGACCUUCGAGCAAGGACUGGGUGCAGAUCUGGUUCCCCACCAGUGCAUCUUCUGCUACCGGUUAAACAAGCGCCUCUUUGCUGUGCCUGUGGAUUCAGAGGCUGCCUGUCCCGUCUGCAAAACGCCCAGGACCCAGAAGCCGCUGGAGACGUCGGUGGAGCCAGCCUUUGUCAGGGUCAGUAUCCCGAGAUCUACUCUCCUGCCUGCCUACAAGCACAAAAUCCACCGCAGGAAAAGCUACGAGCCAGAAGAUAACUUGGCGUUGCCCUCCCACUGUCUGGCUGGCUGGGACAAGACAGGCCAGGCGUUCAGCCCCACCCUCAGCAGCCUUGACCUUCGUUCGUCCCUGGCGGCCUCCAAGACAUCCGGCCAUUUGGAUGGGAAUCUCAGGUCACGAGUGUCAGGCGGAACAAAGACCAACGAACUGCUCAACCUUUCCCGCACAACAGAAUUCGAACUCAGCAACGUGUCUCGGCUGUGGGACCACCACAAAGCACCAUGCUGCAAAGCAACGUCGAAUUAAAAUUAUUCCAUCUUUUA